GGAGAGGCGGGGCGUGCGGAGGCCGGUACUGCGCCCGCGGAGGGCGGUGAAGCUGGCUCAGCGUGGAGCAGCGUAGCGCCCCUCGCGCCCCGGUUCGGCAGCCCCUGCGCCUUCGCCCCGCGACCGCCAUGCCCGAGCAGCUCAGCGUCGCCGAGUUCCUGGCAGUCACCACUGAGGACCUCAGCUCUCCAGCCGGGGCCGCCGCCUUCGCCGCUAAGAUGCCCCGGUGCCGGGCGGCGGCGCUAGCGCGGGAGGAGAACCUGGAAGGAGACCAAGCCAUCCUGCAGAGAAUCAAGAAGUCCGUGCGUGCGAUUCACAGCUCUGGCCUGGGCCACGUGGAGAAUGAAGAGCAGUACCGAGAGGCUGUGGAGUCCUUGGGCAACAGCCACCUGUCCCAAAACAGCCACGAGCUGUCCACAGGCUUCCUGAACUUAGCUGUGUUCACUCGAGAGGUGGCUGCACUUUUCAAAAACCUGGUUCAGAACCUGAACAAUAUUGUCUCUUUCCCCCUGGACAGUCUCUUGAAGGGACAACUAAGGGACGGGCGGCAGGAUUCAAAAAAGCAGUUGGAGAAGGCGUGGAAGGACUACGAAGCCAAAAUAGCCAAGCUGGAGAAAGAGAGGGAUCGUGCCAGGGCAACUGGAGGGAGUGCUGGGGAAGUGGCCCAGGACACACAGAAAGAACGGCGCAUCUUCCAGCUGCACACGUGUGAGUAUCUGCUCAAAGCUGGGGAGAGCCAGGUGAAACAAGGUCCUGAUUUUCUGCAGAGCCUCAUCAAGUUCUUCCACGCCCAGCACAACUUUUUCCAAGAUGGCUGGAAAGCCGCUCAGAGCCUGUCUCCCUUCAUAGAGAAGCUGGCGGCCUCGGUACACACACUGCGCCAAGCCCAGGAGGAAGAGCUGCAGAAGCUGACCCAGCUCCGGGACUCCCUCCGGGGGACACUCCAGCUAGAAAGCAGAGAGGAACAGGAGAGUCUGGGCCGGAAGAACUCGGGUGGCUACAGCAUCCACCAGCACCAAGGCAACAAGCAGUUUGGGACAGAGAAGGUGGGCUUUCUCUACAAGAAAAGUGAUGGAAUUCGAAGAGUCUGGCAGAAAAGGAAGUGUGGAGUCAAGUACGGCUGCCUGACCAUUUCACACAGCACGAUAAAUCGGCCCCCAGUGAAGCUGACCUUGCUGACGUGCCAAGUGAGGCCAAACCCCGAGGAGAAGAAAUGCUUUGACCUGGUGACCCACAAUCGGACGUACCAUUUCCAGACAGAGGAUGAACAUGAGUGUGAGGCGUGGGUGUCAGUACUGCAGAACAGCAAGGAUGAAGCCUUGAGCAGUGCCUUCCUCGGGGAGCCAGGCAGCGGCCCAGGGCCUGGAGGAGGUGCAGGGCUGGACAGGGAGCCCGGAGACCUCACAAAGCUGCUAAUCGCCGAGGUGAAGAGCAGGCCUGGGAACAGCCAGUGCUGUGACUGCGGGGCUCCAGACCCCACAUGGCUCAGCACCAACCUGGGUGUGCUCACCUGCAUCCAGUGCUCUGGCGUCCACCGCGAGCUGGGUGUGCGCUUCUCACGCAUGCACUCCCUCACCUUGGACCUGCUGGGGCCCUCUGAGUUGUUGCUGGCCUUGAACAUCGGCAAUGCGCUCUUCAAUGAGGUCAUGGAAGCCCAGCUCCCCUCACAUGGUGGCCCUAAACCAUCAACUGAAAGUGACAUGAGCCACCGCAGGGAUUACAUUGUAGCCAAGUAUGUGGAACACAGGUUUGCUCGCCGGUCCACCCUUGAACCUCAGAGACUCCGGACAGCCAUUUACAACCGGGACCUCAUUUCAGUACUGGAAGCCUUUGCUAAUGGCCAAGACUUUGGGCAGCCACUUCCUGGGCUGGAGGGACAGGCACCUGGAGAACUGGCCCUGCACUUGGCUGUCAGAGUCGCCAACCAGGCCUCCCUGCCCCUGCUGGACUUCAUCAUCCAGAAUGGUGGUCACCUGGAUGCCAAGGCCCCAGAUGGGAACACUGCUUUGCAUUAUGCGGCCUUCUACAACCAGCCCGACUGCCUCAAGCUGCUGCUGAAAGGAAGAGCUUUGAUUGGCACAGUGAAUGAGGCAGGAGAGACAGCUCUGGACAUGGCCAGGAAGAAGCAGCACAAGGAGUGUGAGGAGCUGCUGGAGCAGGCCCAGGCUGGGACCCUCACUUUCCCUCUUCAUGUGCACUACUCUUGGGGAGCUUCUGUGGAACCUGGUUCUGACAGUGAGGAGGAUGAGGAGGAGAAGCACUGCCCUCUGAAGCCUCCAGCCCAGGCACGCUGGGCCAGUGGGAGGCUGGACAUCAGCAACAAGACCUAUGAGACUGUCACCAGCCUGGGAUCAACCACCCCGCGGAGCCAGAAUGAGGAUUUCCCCCCACCCUUGCCAGUCAAAAACCCUUCUCGGACCAUGAUCCAAGGGCAUGUGGGACAUUCCAGUGGAGAUUGUUCUGAAGUCCCCAGUCUGAGUUCGGAGCACCUUGGGGCUCCUGAGAGCAUGGGCAGCUCAGCUUCCUCCUCCUCCAGCCUCACGAGCCCUGGGGAGUCUGGGGGUUCCAGCCAAGCCUUGCCUGGCUCUGAUGAGAGUCUCCGGGAGCCCCUAGGCACCGUUCGACCCAGCCUGCCAUCAGGCACCACUUCUGCGGAGCUGUAUCCCCCUGUCAGGUUCAGCUCUGAGAGCACUCGCUCCUAUCGGCGCGGGGGCCGGAACCUGGAAGACAGCCCGUCAGCCCAGCAGCCGCUGUCCAGGAGGAACAUGCCGGCUGGCGUCACUGAAGGAGAUGACUCAAAGACUGGGCUUCUCCCGGCAAGUUCUGUACAACUUUUGCAAGACUAGCUCCUUGCUGGUCCCCGCAUGCCUGAACCACCACUUUGUUGGACCACACCAUUCAGAGCUGGGACUUGAGACCACAAGAUAGGG